UACGUGGGCACGUCAUUUCCUAUUCACUUGGUAUCUCUGUGUUUCAACUUUUCUGAAGUAUCACCUCAGCUUCAUGAUGAUGGCGAUUUAUCACACGCUAAAGGCUAUUAAUCAAAGACUUACAGUGUAUUUGUCUACAGUGAAAGAGCCUUCCAAACUAUCUCCACAGACCAUCAACGGAUACGGUGUGCAAUACAGCUCAGUGUGUGAUGUCAUAUUCGUUAUUAACGACAAAGAGAGUUCUUUAUAUUUUGCUAUUUUUGCGCAUCGUUUCAAUCUCACCACUUAUACAAUUUAUUUGCUAGGUAUAGUUAUAAGGGAAGGUAAGAUAAAAUCGAUAAUACUGCAAACGUUAUGGGUGCUGUACAACUUGUCCUGUAUUAUGAUCAGCAUUGAAGCGUGCCAUUACGUCAAGUCAGAAAUGGAAAAAUCAAAAGCCAUAAUAUGCAAAGUAGCUGCUAAGUCGGCAAAUAAGCGGGUGCUCCAGGAAGCCAUAGACAUACUGCAACAGCUGUCCUUAGUCAAGAACAUUUUCUCCCCACUCGGAGCCUUCUCGUUAACUAGAACUUUCAUAGUUACGAGUUUCAGCGUAGUAACAACUUUCGUUGUAAUAUUGAUUCAAUUUAACCUUCUCCAUGAGUAAUCAAAAAAAACUCAAGUUUG